AUGCCGCAUCUCUACAAUGCCGAUGCCAAAGUGCCAGUGCAGGAAAUAGGGAUGAAUCUAGCUAGGGGGCACAUGAGUGUCCAAGUCUGGACAGUUAAGAAUGGCACGCCGAGCGCUAGAAGUUGGCCUUGUAUUCUAUUGAAUGCAGUGACUCCUCCAGCACCUAAUACGCUACAUAGACAGAGCCCCUCAUCAGAGAAUUCUUCAGCCUUGUUGUUUGUCAUUGGAGGGAUGCUUGUGCUCGUAAUAUUGUUGAUCCUUAUCUUGCUCUUAUGGAAAUUUAACAAACCAGAAAAACUGAGGAAAUCCCUGAAAAGAAAUGGAAGUCUGACAGCAACCAAGGAUUUCUGGAGUGGUAGCCUCCAAACGAUAAGCUAUUUCGACUUUCAGACAUUGAAGAAAGCAACUAAGAAUUUUCAUCCUGGUAAUCUACUCGGAAGAGGUGGAUUUGGGCCUGUCUAUCGGGGGAAGUUAAGUGAUGGUAGAAUGGUUGCAGUCAAGAAAUUGUCCCUUGACAAAUCUCAGCAAGGAGAAUCAGAAUUCCUUUCAGAGGUGAAGAUGAUUACUAGCAUCCAACACAAGAACUUGGUUCGACUUCUAGGGUGUUGCUCAGAUGGUCCACAAAGGUUACUCGUGUAUGAAUACAUGAAGAAUAGGAGCUUGGACCUCAUAGUACAUGGGAAUGGUGAUAAAUUCCUGGAUUGGGACACCAGAUUCCAAAUAAUAUUAGGCAUUGCUCGAGGAUUGCAAUAUCUACAUGAGGAUUCACACCUAAGAAUUGUACACAGAGAUAUAAAAGCAAGCAACAUUCUUCUUGAUGUCAAAUUCCAGCCAAGGAUUAGUGAUUUUGGGCUGGCUAGGUUCUUCCCUGAAGAUCAAGCUUAUCUCAGCACUACAUUUGCAGGAACUUUAGGUUACACAGCUCCUGAGUAUGCCAUCAGAGGGGAAUUGUCCGAAAAGGCAGACAUUUAUAGCUUUGGAGUGCUUGUGCUUGAAAUUAUUAGCUGCAGGAAAAACACAGAUCUUAGGUUACCAUCAGAAAUGCAAUAUCUUCCUGAAUAUGCAUGGAAAUUAUAUGAGAGGUCAAGUGUGAUUGAUCUGGUAGAUCCCAAAUUGCGAGAAGAUGGAUUUAUGGAGAAAGAUGUCUUGCAAGUAAUCCAUGUAGCUUUCUUAUGCCUUCAGCCUCUUGCUAACCUGAGGCCUCCAAUGUCCAAAAUUGUAGCCCUGCUAACAUGCAAAGUUGAAAUGGUCGGGGCACCUAUGAGGCCAGCAUUCUUGGAAAGAAGGCGUAAAACGGAUGAAAAGCUAUCAUGGGAUACCAUAUCUGAGGUUUUUUCUUCUCCUUUGCAUAGCGAGUCCCCUUCGUUGCCUCGACAACAAAAUUAA